AACUUUAUGUAGUGGCAACACUAGAAAAAAGAUGGCGUAAUUUGUUACCCCCACCAUGGACAAAAAGUGACAGCGCAUUGCGCAAAGCCAGGAGUUUAUAGUGUGCAUGCUACACGGUUAAACAUGUUAAAAAGUUUUUCGGAAAUUUUAGUUUUAUGUUAUAUUCAGUGCCCCGAUUGUUCAACAAGAACUGAUAUAUUGAACUUUUCUCCAUCUUGAUUAAGUGACAUACUUAGUUUAAAUAAAUACAUAGUGAAUAUCUAAUUAUAUAAAAUAGAGUCUAUUAUAAGUAAUCGUUCGAAAAAAACAUCAUCCACAAUGCCUAAAGGAAAGAAAAAAGGAAAAUACGAGCACAAAAGAACAGAACAGGCUUACUCUUCAGACGAAGAUGCCGGCAUAGACAUGACCAUCGACAACAUGUCUGAGACCUCCGCUCAGUCGGACCUUAAGAGCAUCCAUGAUGAUCCAGGCAACCCAAAGGGCAGGAAGGUCAGAGAAACGAGGAUCAUAUGGAAAAAGACACAAAAUAGCGAAAUUCUACCAGAGGAACUACAAUGGUCAGAAACACAACAACACUUUAGAUUUGAAAGGCCGAGGCUGUAUUUGAAGAAAAUUGUGAAGGAACCUGACCCGAAAUUAAAGGAAUUAAUGGAGCAGCACAUAUACUAUAGACCUCCACCACCUGAACCGGAGCCCGUGAUAGAUUACAAAGCUUUGAGAGGGUCAGAAGCAAAACAACGCUUCAGAUUUAAAAGACCGAGGCUGGUUUUGAAGGAAAUUGUGAGGGAACCUGACCCGAAAUUAAAGGAAUUAAUGAGGCAGCGCAUGUACUAUAGACCUUCACCGCCUGAACCGGAGCCCGUGAUAUACAAAACUUUGAGAGAGAGCGAAAUUCAAGAGAAAUUUGAAGACAAGGUGCUAGAACUGAUUGAGUCGCUGAACGCUCGCGCUAACGCGGCGCGUGCUACAGCAUUCGUAUCACUGCGUGCAACGCUGCAGCGGCGUGCAGUGGACGGCUUGUUGUCCUCGCACCGCGCCACAUUGGCGGACCACGUGUCGAGAGCCCUGCGCCGAGGAAAGGAUGGAGAGAAGAAGGCUGCAGCUGCUAUUGCACCAUUACUGGCUUUACAGUGCUGUUCCUCUCUGUCCGUGCUAUGCUACCUGUUGGAGGACGACCUCAACGAGAUUUUGGAGGUCAUGCGCAUGUACGAGACCAUCUUCAGUGGUAGCUACCUCAAGGGUGACGGCAGUGUGAAGGUGUCUGGCGCGGCGGUGGAGGAGGGCGCGUGGCACGCGGCCGCGCUGGACGCCUGGGCGCUGCUGCUGCCGCUACUGGCGCCCGCCCACGCGCUGGCGCUGCUCACCAACCAGGCGCCCUCCUUCGCCAGGCUGGGGGACCUGCUCGAAGCUGUGUCACUCGAGGUCCGUAUGGCGGCGGGUACAGCUUUAGCCAUUGCCUACGAGACGGUGACCGACGAGGACGGAGCCACCGAGCCUGCCGUGACGGCGCUAGUAGACGCCAUGCUGCCGCGACUCAGUGAACUGGCGCGAGACUCGCACAAAUUCCGCGCCAAGCGAGACCGCAAACUGCAACGUGCUACUUUCAGAGACAUUCUCAAGUACUUUGAGGAGGGCGAGGUCCCAAGUAUGUCGGUCCGCCUGGGCGUGGAGACCGCGUCGUGGUCGUCGUGGGCGGGCGUGGCGUCGUACGGCGCGCUGGCGGCGGCGCUCGGCGGCGCGCUGCAGACGCUGGCGCCGCGCUCGCUCGCACUGCGCGCCGCGCUCGGGCUCUCCGACGUACUGCCGCAACCCAUGCAACUCACUCUCAAUCAGACCAAGCUCGAACGGCACCUCCAAAACAACGCAGCGCGCAAGGCGCGUACACUGGCACGCAAGAAGAACAGAGACAAACGUUCCGCGGCGCUCGCCAUGUGAACAGUCUCCGCACUCAGUACGUGCCGUCUGUACAACCCGCACGGUUCAUCACUCAAACAUCUUUCGGUUUAGUUAGAGCUUAGUUUAACGCUAGCAACCGUCAAUUGGACGCCUUACCUAGUAGAGUCACCGCCGGCGCCAGUAGAACCAGCCUCUCACAUGUAUUAUACAGGCUGCGUGGCCGCCGGACGAUGUGCGAGGUUCGUGUUAGGUUAAAGUAGGCUAGUUGUUAACCAAAGAAAUUCGUAUUAUGUUGAAAAAUACAAUUUGGAACCGUCUACUUCGAGGCAUCUCGUCGAUUUUAAUUAUAUUUCUCUCUCAGUGCUCAGCACCAUCUCGGUAGUUCCUCUACGGUGUUGAUGUAUUUUAAAAUUGAUAUUAUAGCGAUCGAUGUUUUCAUAUCAUUUUGUAUAAUAGAACAUUUAAUUCUUACUCCAUGCCUUGGUGGUCUGGUGGUCCUCCAUUCCGAACUGAUACUGCCGGCACAUAGAACUUAAAUGUUGCUAUUUUUUAGUUAAAUAUUUUACCUUAAUUAUACUUAUGUUAUAUUAUUGAUAAUUUUGUAUUUAAAUUGACCGUUUGUGUGUUAAUAUAGAUUAAAAUAUAAUUUAUUAGGUUAAUAUGUCACUGCAUUGAUUGUUUUACUUUCAAUGAAACUAUGUAUUGGUAAAAUCAAGUUGUGGAGUAAGGGCGAUUAUAUUAAAGGUUUAUAAAAGGAAUAUUUGUCUUUGACUUGUGCUGUUCAUCAUGAAUGGACAUCAUGUAUCUAAUGUAUAUGUGAGUCGUAUGUAUAUAUCCGCGAGAGGAUGAAUGCAUCACAGUGCAAUUCAUACGUUUGUAUAUAAAGCUUCUCUGUAAAUAUUAUUUUAAUUAGGACUCAUUUAUGCUCCCUACGACUUGUAACAUAUUGAGAUAAACGGAGCGUUAAAAUAAUAUUUAUUGUAAGAACCAUGUUUUUGUUUUAUUUGAGACAACC